UGCGGGAGAACAAAGCGAGGAGCCCCGCGGGACGCGGCUCUUCCUCCUAGAGUGUCCUCAUGGCCACGUCUUGCGGUGAAGAGCCCAAAGCCCAGCAUUGGAUACCUCUCAUAUGAGCGCAGCUCCUCGAGUGGUGACAGCUUCAGCUCCAGGAACAGCUCGACCAUGGUGGCCUCGCUCCGCGCGCUCGCCGUGCUCGCGCUCGCUCAGGUGUUCCUCGGAGCCGCCAGCGGACUUAUCCCCGAGGCUGGGCGCCGCCGCUACAGCGAGUGGAGCAGGCAGAGCGCGCAGCUGUCCGACGGCGUCCUGGACGAGUUCGAGCGGCGCCUGCUCAACAUGUUCGGACUGAAGCGGAGACCGAGCCCGAGCCCACUCACGGUCGUGCCGCCCUAUAUGCUGGAGCUUUACGAGCUCUACUCGGGUAGCCGCGAGCCGAGCCCGCGCAGGAGCUCAGCCUCCACGGGGAAACAUCUCGAACGCUCGGCCAGCGCGGCCAACACGGUGCGGAGCUUCCACCACGAAGAAUCCUUGGAGGCCCUUUCUAGAGAAAAUGGAAAGACAACACAACAGUUCUUGUUCAAUCUCACCUCCAUCCCUGGUGCAGAGCUUGUCACAUCUGCGGAGUUGAGAAUCUUCCGGGACCAGGUGAUGGGGACUAUCACCAACAGCAGUGGGUAUCACCGCAUCAAUAUAUACGAAGUCUUAAAGCCUGCACUUUCUUCCAAGGAGCCUAUCACAAGACUGCUGGACACUAGGCUGGUGCAGCACAGCCUCAGCAAGUGGGAGAGCUUUGACGUCAGCCUCGCUGUCAUGCGGUGGACUACUGAAGGGCAAACCAACCACGGUUUUGUGGUGGAGGUGGUCCACAUGGACAGUCACAGUGAGGAUGCUAGGAAGCACGUGAGGAUCAGCAGGUCCCUGCAUGAGGACGAGAACUCAUGGCCUCAGCUGAGGCCACUGCUGGUAACUUUCAGCCAUGAUGGAAAUGGGCGUGUUCUUCAUACCCGGGAGAAACGGCAGGCCAAGACUAAGCAGAAGAAGAAGCACAAAGCAAGUUGCAAGAGGCAUUCCUUGUAUGUGGACUUUAGCGAUGUGGGCUGGAAUGACUGGAUCGUUGCCCCUCCGGGGUAUCAUGCCUUUUACUGCCACGGGGAGUGCCCUUUUCCACUGGCAGAUCACCUCAACUCCACAAAUCAUGCCAUUGUUCAGACUUUGGUCAAUUCAGUAAACACAAACAUUCCUAGGGCUUGCUGUGUGCCCACAGAACUCAGUCCAAUUUCCCUUCUCUACCUGGAUGAAUAUGAAAAAGUUAUACUGAAAAACUAUCAGGAUAUGGUUGUUGAAGGCUGUGGUUGUCGAUGA